UCUCCUUAAUCAGUCAGAGUCUUCUUCGAUCUGCUUGGUAGAGUCGAGAGAGAGAGAGAGAGAGAGAGAGAGAAGAAGCCUUGAAGCAAGGCUGUUGUUGGAGCUCUCGAAGAUGUUUGACGACCAAGACCUCGGCUUCUUUGCCAAUUUUCUGGGGAUUUUCAUCUUCAUAAUGGUCAUUGCAUACCAUUUCGUGGUGGCCGAACCAAAAUUCGAAUGAUAUUUUGAGGUUUCAUCUUUUGUUGGUUUCUUCUACAAAACACUUAUUAUAAAUGUGACCGGAAUCAACCUGUUGUAUUUAGCAUUCCGUAGGGCUUAAUGUUUUGCUACUAGAUGAGUAAUCACUGUAUCUCGACAAUGUGGGUUUUGAUGGAUAUAAGAGUUAAAAGACUAAUUUUUUCCUUA